UCGCGAUUAGUCGACACCCCCCAACACCCCCCUCUUCCUCCUCCGCUCCCUCCCACCUCGUCCCAGGGAGUGGGCGCCAGGCGCGCGAGCCACCUUCCCCGCCAACCAGAGCCAGGCGCGCAGGCGAGGAGCUCGCGGCUCUUCCCCUCACGACUUCCUUCCACGGAAAAGAAGCCGCCGCGCGCCGCCGCCGCCUCUUUCCCGCCCCUCACGCGGCUCGCUCGGGGUCUCUCUCGCCGCCGGGGAAGCCCUGCAUGCUGCUGAAGCAGCUGCUGCCGCUGCUGGUGGCCAGGGCGAGAGCCCCGCUGCUGCUUCUUCGCCUCGCCUCGGCGCGCUCGCCUGCCCGGCACCUCAGCCCAGACGCGCCGCGGACGGGAGAGGCGAGGCGGCGGCGGGCCAGGGCGCUCCGGACCGGCGGAGGGAACCAUGAACAGCGCCAAAGGCGAGCAGGAGCACAGCCCCGCCGAGCCCAACCUGCAGGAGGAAGAGGUACGAACGCUAUUUGUCAGCGGCCUGCCUCUGGACAUCAAGCCCCGGGAACUCUAUUUGUUGUUCAGACCAUUCAAGGGUUAUGAAGGCUCUCUUAUUAAACUCACAUCUAAGCAGCCGGUGGGCUUCGUUAGUUUCGACAGUCGCUCAGAAGCAGAAGCUGCUAAGAAUGCUUUGAAUGGAAUCCGCUUUGACCCAGAAAUUCCCCAGACGCUCCGGCUAGAGUUCGCCAAGGCCAACACGAAGAUGGCCAAGAGCAAAUUAGUGGGGACACCAAAUCCAAGCACUCCUGCCACCCCCAACACUUUACCUCAGUUCAUUACCAGGGAGCCAUAUGAGCUCACAGUGCCUGCACUUUACCCCAGUAGCCCUGAAGUGUGGGCGCCGUACCCUCUCUACCCAGCGGAGUUAGCACCUGCUCUACCCCCGCCUGCUUUCACCUACCCUGCUUCACUGCAUGCCCAGCAGGCUCUCGGAUUCUCCAGCGGUUUACCUUCCUCCCUGGAGGCGCCCCCCGUUAUCUUCCAUUACAGAAGGAUGCGAACAGCUAACGUUGAGAGGUGGACGUCAGAAAACCAAAAUAAAAUUCAAAAUGGCCUUGAUAGAAUGAUGCGCUGGCUCCCUCCCUCAGAGGCUACUUCUCAGGGCUGGAAGUCCCGUCAGUUCUGCUGAAUACUGUCCAAAGAAAACAAAUCUGCUGUUCUUAAAAAUUAAGGAAAACUUCACUGGCUGCACAUCAAAGUUGGAGAGCUGUAAAUCAGUGGGGUUAUUAAAGGACGUGAGUUUUGAGGGUGAAAGAUGCCAUGCGGAGCUGCAUGCUGCAAACGAGUUGGGAUGACUUGAAAACUGAACCAGCAAGGACAGAAAGUAGUGAGGCCGAACUGAUGGGAGAGAACUGCAAAACUUGUUCCCUUACAGAAUGCUGGUUCCAGAACCUCAGAAAGCACUUCAUACCCCACAGUUCUGGUUGCUCUAGAACAGUGUUCUUCUAACCUAUUGGCAGAGAACACUUUCCACAUCAGCUGGGUCUCGCUGUGUGUUGCAGAGGACUCUGGGGCAUGUCCUAAGUACACCGUCCAUUCAGCCAGAGUACUAGCUAUAUACCUAUUGGGCUUCAUUGUCACACAUUCUCAGCAGAACAUACAUGAGAUCUCUCCCAACACACUCGUUAAUCUGUUCAUUCAAGGGAAUAUGAGCAGCGAAGGGCAAGCGGUAUGUGAUGCCAAUAAAGGUUUGAUGAUGAUGGCAAGCAGUGUUCAGUGAAACUUCUUGUCUUAUAUUCUGAUUUAUUAGCUCAAGAAAUACAUACCCAACUGCCACCCCAGAAAGUUUUGAAAUUGUUCAGCAUCACAGGACAAUAGGUGCCUGCUUUAACAUAGAUACCAACUAUUGUACUGUGACGCUGAAUAAUUUCAAAAUUCCGUCUCACAAAUCUAUUUAAUCUUCUGACAUCUGAAAACCCAAACCUCAUUGUGUGUGGUUAGCAGUACAAUGUGCUGCUGUUUUCCUUUAAGAAUAAACUCAGCAAAUGGCCUUUCCCUAAUAUAGUGAUUUUAUCUUCCAAAGCCCAAAUUUAUCUAGGAUUAUUGGAUUGUGGUGGUUGUUUUUUUUCCCCCUAGAGAGAGGGAGCCAAUGAGUUGUUUUCAUUCCAGCGUAUCAUAGUGAGCAAGAGAUGCAUGCAAAAAAUGAGGCUUGAGUUUUUGUGGAUUGUUCUCCCCCUUCCAGAUGCACGCACAGCCAUAUUUGGGAACAGAUCCCUCAGCUGCAAAUUGGCUGCUGCAAUAGGAAAGCCUCAGUGAAGAAAGAGUUCACCUCCAAUGAUUUUGCAUGUUAUGUGAACAAUAAGAGAAGACAAAAGGGUUCUAUUUUAAGAAGUGCUGAGACUAAUGUAACAAGUCAAGCACCUGCCUCUCUAAGCAUUAUUUACAUGUUUCAGCAAGUAUACAUGAUGCACUUGGCCAUGGGAAUUUGCCCCCUUGCAUGUAGCAUUAGUACACUAGAGACGCAGGUGUCCUCAGCGGCUACGAGUGUCUUUUACCAGCUUCACCUGGUAAGGCAGAUGCAGCCAUUCCUGGAGGACAGCUGGACCACAGUUGUCUGUUAUUGGAAACCUCAAAGUUGGAUUACUGCAGUGCUCUUGGGGGGCGGGAGGCUACCCUUGAGGCUGCAGUUUCUGUUAGGCUGCUUAUGGGAGCAAACCUACUGCCAGCAGCCAAUCCUGCUACUGAACCAAGUUCAAGAUCGAGGCUACCUUUUCUCUUUUAUACCAAGUAGGACACUGUGUUCUGCAGGGGAGUUUUUCCUCAAAGUCCCCCAAAUAUAAGAAACUUUCUGCACAGGAACUGAAAGGAAGGCUUUCAGUGGGGCUGCCCUUGUUUUGUGACAGGAGCACACUUAACCUGUACUUUACAGAAACAGUAGAAGACCUUGUUUUGUUUUGACAAGCUUAUCCAUUCGGAUGAAAAGGUAUCCACUUUAGAUUUAAAAACCAUGCAAAAUGGACACCUGCCUUUAGCUGUUGUUUUUGUACUGUUGUUCAAACGAUUUUUAGCCGUGUUUUACGGCAUGUUCGUAAAUUGCCUUUAGACAAAUGCAAAAGGAGACUGGCAAAUAAAUAAAUUACCAUAACCUCACCCAAAAGGCAUUCAGUGGAAAGAGUGGCCAUUGAGCGGCCUAUCCUUUGGUUAAUUUAUUGGCUAUACUAGCCAAAUAUAACGACCGUCCCUUGAUGUGCAGAGGUAGACUUCCAAAGUCCAGAUACUGAGGGAAGAAAGGAGGAAUAGCCAUGGUGUGUUGCUUGUGUCGAGCUGCCCUUUUUAUUUAAAACAAUGUUUUGGGUGUUGGAGCUGGGGUGCUGGUCAGAUUGGGUGAAGGGAGGCUUCUCGUGGCCUUUUAAAAACAGGUCAAGCUUCAGCAAAAAAGGGGCACCUUAAGAAAACAUAGUUAAUAAAGCUACUGUGCAACUGGGAACACCGGAUGGAGGAAGGAUUCGAUAGGAGUCCAGCUUAGUUGUGGCUUUGGCUGCAUAGGAGCAUUCUAACCCUGUCCCUAAGCUGGACUCUUGUUAUUGUGUCAUUUGCAAAAGUGGGGCUUUUCAAGCUAGAAAAAAAUUGAAUACUGCUGAGGUUGUCAUAGAAAAGAAAAAAACAAGGGAGAGAAAAGAAGCAAAGGGACAAAUGUGGUGUUGUUAGUGUACAGUCAGCAUUGUUUGAAAGUCAUCAAGAGUAAAGGCUCAGUAGGUUUUCACCCUGAAAUUAUAAUUCCUCAUGCACAUAGCACAGUGGAUCCAGGGCAAACCGCUGCUUAUAUUCUUGAUGUCUAAUUAGUUUGGCUACAGCUGUUGUGGUUUAGCAGAUUUGUAAGUUGAGGUUGUGCUGAGAACUCUCUCCAAUCUCCUGCACUAUUAUAAAUGGAUUUUCCUAGAUAGAGGCAAUCUUCAGAUUUCACUAUUAAACACAGAAGCUAAGGUGUCCAAUCUCUGUCAUUUGUCCAGUCAUUGUACUCACUGGGAAAAAAGGCCCUAUGUAUUUUAUAUAAUUAUAUCCAAGGGCCUAUGCAGUGCUAUUUUUCUAGAAAAAGAGGUUCUG